CCGGGCUCCUGGUAGCCUACAAGAGGCGGUGCGCUGAGCCCCGGCACCAAUUCGCAUCCCAGGGCGUCUCCAGCCGCCCCCUUUGAGCUCUCUGCUUGCUGUGCCCGCUGUGCCCGCUGUGCCUGCCGUGCCCGCGCUGUCGCUGCUGCUACCGCUGCUCGACGCAGGAGACGCCAGCGAGCUGGUGAUUGGAGCCCUGCGAAGAGCUCGAGUGCCCAGCUCUGUCCCAGGAGCCCAGGCUGUCCUGUGAGUCCCAUAGUUGCUGCAGGAGUGGAGUCAUGAGCUGUGUCCUGGGCAGUGUCAUCCCCUUGGGGCUGCUGUUCCUGGUCUGCGGAUCCCAAGGCUACCUCCUGCCCAACGUCACUCUCUUAGAGGAGCUGCUCAGCAAAUACCAGCACAACGACUCUCACUCCCGGGUCCGCAGAGCCAUCCCCAGGGAGGACAAGGAGGAGAUCCUCAUGCUGCACAACAAGCUUCGGGGCCAGGUGCAGCCUCAGGCCUCCAACAUGGAGUACAUGACCUGGGAUGACGAGCUGGAGAAGUCUGCGGCAGCAUGGGCCAGUCAGUGCAUCUGGGAGCACGGGCCCACCAGUCUGCUGGUGUCCAUCGGGCAGAACCUGGCCGCCCACUGGGGCAGGUAUCGCUCUCCCGGGUUCCACGUGCAGUCCUGGUAUGACGAGGUGAAGGACUACACCUACCCCUACCCGAGCGAGUGCAAUCCCUGGUGUCCGGAGAGGUGCUCGGGGGCCAUGUGCACGCACUACACACAGAUAGUUUGGGCCACCACCAACAAGGUCGGCUGUGCUGUGAACACCUGCCGGAGGAUGACCGUCUGGGGAGAAGUCUGGGAGAACGCGGUCUACUUUGUCUGCAAUUAUUCUCCAAAGGGGAACUGGAUUGGAGAAGCCCCCUACAAGAAUGGCCGGCCCUGCUCUGAGUGCCCACCCAGCUAUGGAGGCGGCUGCAGGAACAACCUGUGUUACCGAGAAGAAACCUACACUCUAAAACCUGAAACGGACGAGAUGAAUGAGGUGGAAACAGCUCCCAUUCCUGAAGAAAACCAUGUUUGGCUCCAACCGAGGGUGAUGAGACCCACCAAGCCCAAGAAAACCUCUGCGGUCAACUACAUGACCCAAGUCGUCAGAUGUGACACCAAGAUGAAGGACAAGUGCAAAGGGUCCACGUGUAACAGGUACCAGUGCCCAGCAGGCUGCCUGAACCACAAGGCGAAGAUCUUUGGAACUCUGUUCUAUGAAAGCUCGUCCAGCAUAUGCCGCGCUGCCAUCCACUACGGAGUCCUGGAUGACAAGGGAGGCCUGGUGGACAUUACCAGGAACGGGAAGGUCCCCUUCUUCGUGAAGUCCGAGAGACAUGGCGUGCAGUCCCUCAGCAAAUACAAACCUUCCAGCUCAUUCAUGGUGUCAAAAGUGAAAGUGCAGGAUUUGGACUGCUACACCACCGUUGCUCAGCUGUGCCCUUUUGAAAAGCCAGCGACUCACUGCCCAAGAGUCCGUUGUCCGGCGCACUGCAAAGACGAGCCUUCCUACUGGGCUCCGGUGUUUGGAACCAACAUCUACGCAGAUACCUCGAGCAUCUGCAAGACAGCCGUGCACGCGGGAGUCAUCAGCAACGAGAGCGGGGGUGAUGUGGAUGUGAUGCCCGUGGAUAAAAAGAAGACCUACGUGGGCUCACUCAGGAACGGAGUUCAGUCUGAAAGCCUGGGGACUCCUCGGGAUGGAAAGGCCUUCCGGAUCUUUGCUGUCAGGCAGUGAAUUUCCAGCACCAGGGGAGAAGGGGCGUCUUCAAGAGGGCUUCGGGGUUUUGCUUUAAUUUUUAUUUUGUCAUUGUGGGAAGGGGUAUAUGGAGAGUCAGGAAGCUUCCUUUGACUGAUGUUCAGUGUCCAUCACUUUGUGGCCUUUGGGUGAGGUGACAUCUCAUCCCCUCACUGAAGCGACAGAAUCCCAGGGUGCUCAGCUGGACCCCUGGUGCCCAAUCCUGCUGGGGCCCCAGGGUCUCCAUCUGGGUGCCCUCUCUCCUUUAGAGAUCUGACCUGUCUCUUAAAGGGGACAGUUGCCCAAAAUGUUCCUUGCUAUGUGUUCUUCUGUUGGUGGAGGAAGUUGAUUUCAACCCCCCUGCCAAGAGAACAAACCAUUUGGAGCUCGCAAUUGUGAAGCAUUCACAGUGUCGGAAGCGGCCUUUCGAGCAAGUGCCGGUGAGUUUCAGGAAUGAGUAGAAGGUAGUUAUUUAAAAAUAAAAACCACAGUCCGUCCCUGCCAACAGAGAAAAAUAGUUUUAAUGUUUGCUGGUCAGACAGACAAAUGGGCUAGAAUAAGAGGGCUGGGGGUAUGAGAGACCCCGGCUCUGCCCUGGCACGUGUCCUUGCUGGCGGCCUGCCACGGGCCCCCUUCAGUGGCCGCGUUCAGGCCGGCUCUAUACACAGCAGUGCUGGUUUAUGUAGAGUUCAGCAGUCACUUCAGAGAUGUAUCUUGUCUUUGUCAGGUCCUUCGUCUUUGUGGCCCACCUGUUUUCUGCCGUGACCUUUGGUCCCGUUGAGGACUAAGGAUUAGGACCCUUUCUUUACCUCCUACCCAUUGUGGCUCCCACCCUGCCUCAGACUGGUUUACGUGUCCUGGUUCACACCCAGGACUUUUCUUUGCAAGCGAUCCUGUUUGAAGCCCACUUCUUAACUCCUGGUCUCAUAAGGUUCCACUGAGAUGAGAUGUCUGGGAACAACCAAAGAAGGGCUGCUCUUUGCUCCUUUUAAAAAUGACAAUUAAAUGUGCAGAUUCCCCAUGUACCCAAUGACCUAUUUUUUCAGCUGUGGGAGGAAUGGAGUCUUUGGUACAUUCCUCCCCGAGGUUAGCAGCUCAGUUUGUGGUUAUGAAACCGUCCUGUGGCCUCAUGACAGUGAGAGAUGGGAAUACACUAGAAGGAUCUCUUUUCCUGUUUUUGUGAAACGACUCUUGCCAAACGUUCCUGAGGUGCUGAGGAGUGUAGUACGUCCUGGCUGCCAUCACUGUAUAAAAGUGCUUCAUGAGCCCAGACCAAAAGCCCACAGUGAAAUGAAAUACCCUUUUGUAAAUAGCAUUUUUUUGCAGAAGGUGAAAAUUCCACUCUCUACCACCAGGCCAGCCAGUAGAUCACUUUGGCGAAUGCUAGUGUCAAAUUUGAUUCAAAAUAUUUCUUAGGCGAAAGAACUAGCCGAAAGCAAAAAACUAAGAUACUGUAGACUGGACAAGAAACUCUACCUGGGCACCUAGGUGAUGGCUUCUUUCUUUGAUUGCCUUUCUAAUAAAUGCAGAAUCUGAAGGUAAAUAGGUUUAAAACAAAACAAAAACCCACCCCUUUUAAGGAGUUGGCAAAAAGCAGUUCAACUCUGAGCCUGACUGAGCUAAAAUUUGCAGGAUUCUAUCUGCGCUUUGUGCAUUGUAGGCUAGUCGUAAUUCAUAGGUACUGACUCUUCAGCCCCAAAUGUCGGAGAGGAAGAAUUUGGUCAGCCUGUCAGGUCGUGAGUCCAGCUACCACCAAACAUCUGGGAAACUUCUGGGUGCUGGGUGCUCUGCUGCUGGACUUUUGUGGCUGUGUCUGUGUCUGCAAGAUAAAUUAGAUCACCUAGUGUGGUUUGCCAAAUGAGUGAAAAGUCCAGGACAAUCCCAGUGGUCUCACUUCCAAAACAUCCCACCCAAGGGGGACUUGAAACUUCCAUUGUGAGUUGACCCCAUCAUUUAAAAAUAAAGUCCCCAGGUUCCUUAACGCCUCCUUCACUGGGCCUUCCUAGCAGGAUAGAAAGUCCUCGCCCAGAGCAGGACCUGGCUAUCUCUUUUUUUCUUUUUUCCCCCACUUUGAGACCAAGUUUCACUCUGUUGCCCAGGCUAGAGUGCAGUGGCGUGAUCUCCACUCAUUGCAACUGCCGCCUCCCGGGUUCAAGUAAUUCUCGUGCCUCAGCCUCCCAAGUAGCUGCGACUACAGACGUGAGCCACCAUGCCCGGCUAAUUUUUGUAUUUUCAAUAAAGAUGGGCUUUCAUUAUGUUGGCCAGGCUGGUCUCGAACUCCUUACCUCAGGUGAUCCACCCACCUCGGCCUCCCAAAGUGCGGGGAUUACAGGCAUGAGCCACUGCGCCCAGCCAUGGACCUGGCUGUCUUUAUCAUCCCCACAAACAUUUUGAAACUGGAAUAUUUGUCUUCAGAAAAUGGAAACAAGACUAUAAAUUAUAAGCCCUGUCCCUAGCGCCACCUCUCCUGUGUGUGGACUAGAGCUCCUCAUGCUAUCAGCACUUACCCUGUGUUUAAAAAGAUCUUGCACCAAGCCAAUGACAUUCCUGGCUCUCCUGCCCCCAGAAUGAACAUUUUCGGCUUCCUUAGGAGUUUUGCCCUACCGUAUUCCAAAGCGUGUGCUGGUUUCUCAUAUUGUCUGUAGGCUCACUCGGCCCGCAGUGUAUGUGUGUGCUUUUUUCUAUGAAAAAUGAUGUAUUUUGCUACUUCCUGUGUACAAAGUUUUAUUGUAAAUGUUUUUUGUGCUUUGCAUGAACAGGGGCCACGUUGUUGCAAUUGUUUCAGUAAAACUGGUUUGAUUUCUAAAAUGUUCCUGUAACAUAUCUUUUAUGAACAAAUCUGAACAAUUUGUGAAAUAAAACUUUUAAAACCAUC